AUGCCAGUGCUUUCUGAACUUGCUGCUAAACUUAUGUCAAUUCCUGCUUUGUUAGCAGCAGCAGAAAGAAAUUGGAGCCAUUUUGGCUUUGUUCAUAGGCUACCUGAUGAUAGAGUUUAA